UCUUCAUUCAGCAGUUCAACUCUCGGGUAGUGAUAAUAAACCAAAGUCCAAAAAAUUAUUAGAAAAAAAAAGAAAAAGAAAAAAAAAAGGGGAAAAUCUGAAACCAAAAACGAGAAGGGAAGGCAAAAAGGAGACGAAGAACCUUUCGCGCUCUGACGAAAUUCAUUAUUUCACUGAUAUACUUGUCUUCCCUCUCUCAAUCUCUCCCUCUCCUCAUCGCGUUUCCCCCCACUGGAUCCUUAGGAUUGAUCAAGUGUCGCGGCUCAUGACGCAGUCGCCGGUUCAACCGCCUCCGCCGCUUCCCGCUCCGCCGCAUUCCAGCGGCGGAGGUGUCUUAAGAGGCGAUGUACAGGUGAGGUGCGCGGGAUGUCGCGUGAUUCUGAGGGUGAAGACCGGCGUUGUGGAGUUCUCGUGUCCGACUUGUCAACUUCCCCAAAUGUUGCCGCCGGAGCUUCUUUCUAGGGCACGGCCGCAGUUCCCGCAGUCUCAACAGCAACAACAACAACAACAGCAACCACCGCCGAUUCAGACGCUUCCACCGCCGCUUCAACCGCAGAUGAAACCUAUGAAUUUGCAGCCUAGGCCUCCCGUGCCGGCACAUGGAAUCGAUCCGACGAAGAUGCAAUUGCCUUGCGCUAACUGUCAGGCAAUCCUCAAUGUGCCACACGGACUCACACGGUUCUCUUGUCCUCAGUGCCAUGUCGAGCUCGCUGUCGAUGUCUCCAAGCUCAAUCGAUCUCUAACUGCUCCUCAAUCUACUCCUGCUUCCGCGCCGCCGGGUCCGUCUCCGCCUCCUCCCGAAGAAGUCAACGAGGAAGCUAUCGAUGUGGAGAGAGAAGAAGAUGAAGGUGGAACGGCGGGAGAAACGUUCAUGGAUUAUCGUCCUCCGAAACUUUCAAUUGGGCCUCCUCAUCCUGAUCCAAUUGUGGAAACAUCAUCUCUAUCUGCAGUGCAGCCCCCAGAACCCACUUAUGAUCUAAGAAUCAAGGAAGAGCUCGAAAGGUCGAAGGCUUUAUCGUGCUUGCAGAUUGAGACAUUAGUUUACGCUUGUCAGAGGCAUCUCCAGCACCUUGAUGAUGGUACCAGAGCGGGCUUUUUUGUUGGAGAUGGUGCUGGUGUAGGGAAAGGGCGAACAAUUGCUGGGUUGAUUUGGGAGAAUUGGAAACAUGGAAGGAGAAAAGCUUUGUGGAUUUCUGUUGGCUCAGACUUGAAGUAUGAUGCAAGAAGGGACUUGGACGAUGUGGGUGCCACAUGCGUUGGAGUGAAUCCUUUGAACAAGCUACCUUAUUCUAAGCUUGACUCAAAGAAUGUCGGUGUUAAAGACGGAGUAGUAUUCUUGACAUACAAUAGCCUUAUUGCUUCCUCUGAGAAGGGCCGUUCUCGUUUGCAGCAGCUUGUUCAAUGGUGUGGACCAGAAUUCGAUGGUCUCUUGAUCUUUGAUGAGUGCCAUAAAGCGAAAAAUUUGGUACCCGAAGCAGGAAGUCAGCCGACACGCAUAGGGCAGGCAGUUGUUGACAUACAGGAUAAGAUCCCCCAAGCACGUGUUCUUUAUUGCUCUGCUACUGGUGCAUCUGAACCACGAAACAUGGGUUAUAUGGUCAGGCUUGGUCUUUGGGGAGCCGGAACAAGUUUCAGUGAUUUUAACAAAUUUCUAGGUGCGCUUGAUAAAGGUGGGGUAGGAGCUUUGGAAUUGGUUGCUAUGGACAUGAAAGCAAGGGGAAUGUAUGUAUGCCGUACCCUGAGCUACAAAGGGGCUGAGUUUGAGAUUGUUGAAGCUCGUUUAGAAGCAGGAAUGGAGGCAAUGUACAACAAAUCUGCAGAAUUUUGGGCAGAGCUACGGAUAGAGUUGUUGUCAGCAAGUGCUUUUCUCCCUAACGAGAAACCAAAUUCAAGUCAGUUGUGGAGACUAUACUGGUCAAGUCACCAGCGUUUCUUUAGACACUUGUGUAUGUCAGCUAAAGUUCCUGUAACUGUGAGGUUAGCUAAGAAAGCCUUAUCAGCAAACAAGUGUGUGGUUAUAGGCCUUCAGAGUACCGGAGAGGCUCGAACUGAAGAGGCUGUAACUAAAUAUGGUGUUGAGCUUGAUGAUUUUGUCUCGGGACCUCGAGAGCUCUUGUUGAAAUUCGUGGAAGAGAAUUAUCCCCUGCCGGAGCAGCCUGAACCUCUCUCAGAGGAUGAUAGUGUUAAAGAACUUCAUAGGAAGAGGCAUUCAGCUUCACCUGGUGUUUCAAUUAGAGGGAGAGUAAGAAAGAUGGCAAAGUGGAAACCAGCUAGUGAUGAUGAAAGUGAUUUGGAGUCUGAAGCUGACUCUGCUGAUGAUUCUAAUGAUUCUGAUGAUGAGUUCCAGAUAUGUCAGAUAUGCAGUGGGGAAGAUGAAAGGAAGAAGUUGCUCCAUUGUUCUGAAUGUGACAAGCUUUUUCAUCCGGACUGUGUAGUUCCCCCAGUUACAGACUUACCAUCUGAAGCGUGGAUAUGCUAUUCUUGCAAGGAAAAGACAGAGGAGUACAUUGAAGCAAGGCGUCUCUACAUUGCGGAAUUGCAGAAAAGGUAUGAAGCAGCCUUGGAACGAAAAUUAAAGAUUUUAGAGAUCAUCCGUUCUCUAAAUCUUCCAAAUAAUCCUUUAGAUGAUAUUGUCGAUCAGCUUGGAGGCCCUGACAAAGUUGCAGAAAUAACAGGCAGGCGAGGUAUGCUUGUAAGAGCGUCUAAUGGGAAAGGUGUUACAUAUCAAGCGAGAAACACAAAGGAUAUAACAAUGGAAAUGGUUAACAUGCACGAGAAACAACUAUUUAUGGAUGGUAAAAAGUUUGUUGCCAUUAUUUCUGAAGCUGGUUCAGCUGGUGUUUCCUUGCAAGCAGAUAGAAGGGCAGUAAAUCAGGCUACUUUUCACAAAUCUCGGUGGGGAACGCCGCUUUGCCUCUAUUGUUGCAAAGAGACUAGAAACUCUUGGGCCGGCCCCUCUUUGAGUGCCUAUAAUUAUGAUAGUAACUUUGGUAAAAAAUCCUUGAUGGUGAUGUAUAGAGGAAUAAUGGAGCAGGAGAAACUACCCGUUGUUCCUCCUGGGUGCUCCACUGAUGAACCAGAAACAAUUAAAGAGUUUUUGACCAAGGCAAAGGCUGCUCUUGUUGCGGUUGGAAUUGUUAGGGACAGUGUUCUGGCGAAUGGGAAAGAUGUUGGAAAGUUUUCUGGACGAAUUAUUGACUCUGACAUGCAUGAUGUUGGACGAUUUCUGAAUCGCCUCUUGGGAUUGCCACCUGAUAUUCAGAAUAGGCUGUUUGAAUUGUUUACUAGUAUAUUAGAUGUUCUUAUACAUAAUGCUCGGAUUGAAGGAAGUUUUGAUUCGGGAAUUGUGGAUAUGAAAGCUAAUAGCGUUGAGCUGCUGAGCACUCCAAAGACCGUUCAUGUGGAUCAAAUGUCUGGGGCUUCAACUAUGCUCUUUACUUUUACUCUAGAUCGUGGAAUUACAUGGGAGUCUGCGAGUUCAAUGCUAGAGGGGAAGAAAAGGGAUGGGCUUGGUUCGGCUAGUGAUGGCUUUUAUGAAUCUAAAAGGGAAUGGUUGGGAAGACGGCACUUCAUAUUAGCAUUUGAGAGUGCGGCCUCUGGGUUGUAUAAGAUAGUCCGUCCUGCGGUAGGAGAGUCGAUCAGGGAGAUGUCUCUUUCAGAGUUGAAAACUAAAUACCGAAGACUCUCAUCGCUGGAGAAGGCUCGUAGCGGCUGGGAAGACGAGUACGAAGUUUCAUCUAAACAGUGUAUGCACGGACCCAAGUGUAAGCUGGGCGAGUAUUGCACGGUUGGAAGAAGGAUACAGGAAGUAAACGUUGUGGGUGGCCUCAUUCUUCCCAUCUGGGGAACCAUUGAGAAAGCUCUCUCCAAACAAUCCCGUCAAAGCCACAAGAGAAUUCGAGUUGUACGCAUAGAGACUACGACGGACAAUCAGCGAAUAGUGGGCCUCUCUAUCCCCAAUGCCGCUGUAGAAACUGUAUUACAAGAUUUAGCAUGGGUUCAAGAGAUCGAAGAUUGAGACGACAUUAUUUUGUAAGAAGAAAGACUCUCUCAACCAAGUUCCCGUGCUUAUUCGUAUUUUCUUAAUUUUUUAAACAAGGAAAAAACAAUCCACUUGAGACUUUCAUUUUUGUGUAUAUCACAUGGCAAAUUGGCAAGGAAGAUACAUAGAUGUAAUAUUAUUAUCUAACAAGAUUCCUUCCUCUGUUUUGGUUAAAUGUAUUCGUUUGUGGAUGGAUGAUGAUGCCAGAUUUAAUAAGAAAAAAAUAUAACACAUUGCAAUUUCUCAAUAAAACAAGAAUAAUCUGUUGUUUCACAAACCAGAACACAACACACCUGACAUAUAAAAUACACAAAUGCCCUCAAACAGUAAAAAAAGAAAACAAGGCUUAUUUCUCGACCGGAGAGAAUCAUCAUCAAACAAAGGCCGUUGCAAAAACGCAAACAAUCAAUGAAACCUCUGUUUUUAACAGAUGAAAGGAGCAUCUGCAUAACCAUCAUGGCAAUACAAACCUGGCUGCUGAGUAAAUCCUUGCUUCUUCAGAAUCUUCCUUGCCCUCGUAACCAUUUCCCUGUUUGAUAUCUCACCUUCUGUAUCCUCCAAUAUCUUCUGUAUCGCGUUACUCAUGGCUCCAUAGGCCUCUGCUGGUUUCCCCGGCGGAGUCGCAUCCGCAGAGGUCUGGUCAGUCUGACAGCCGCUGAUCAAUAUCCCGCUGUCUGAAAGAGGAACCGAUCCUCUGGAUCCACCGGCAUAAACCUCCUCUUUCCUCCCAACUUCUGUCUGCAUCGCCGGUUUCACGUAGUCUUCGUCGUUUAGCUUCCCCUCGAGAAACCCUGAAGCUAACUUCCCAAGCAUUCCCAUUAGCCCGCCUCCUUCACCGUCUCCUGCCUGAAGCUUACCCAAGAUCACUUUCAUGAACUUCUUCACUUUCGGGCUCGAGUCAUCACCAAACGCGUCGAAAAGGCUUGGCCUGAUUUUCCCGACUUCGAUGUCAUCGUUCCCUGUUUGCUCCUUGAGGAUGUCGAUUAGGGUCUGCAGAGGCAGAGACUUGGCUUUGGCAAUGAUCCUUUCUCCGUCUUCUAGCUCCAUCUCCUUGGUCUCGAUUUCUUCCGCCUCAUCUUCUUCCUUCUUGUCCCCUCUAAUGUGGAAUCCUCUAGAUUCAAUCGCGCCUUCCACCUUGCUGCGCAAGAAUUUCCUGAACCCGAAUCUCGAAGAAGAUUCUUUCUCUUCCUCCUCCUCCUCGUCUUUCUUAGUGCUCUCACCGAUCUGCUCCUUGGCUUCAUCGAUCAGGCCACCACUGUGACAAGAGUCUGAAAUCAUCGUCAUUCUGCAACCUUGCGGGACUCGGUCCACAAGAUCCCUGAAGUCAUCAUCUGUAAUCAGAUUCAUGUCGCAAGGAACAAUACACUCGUCGUAGCCAGUGUCAUCGUCCUCCCCUGUCUCCGCCGGUAGCCUCGUACCGUGCCCACUGUAAUGCACGACGAGAAAGUCGCCGGAAUCCGCCGAGCCGACGAGAUCCGCGAGAGCCUUGCGGAUGUUCUUGCCCGUGGGUUGGGUAGAGGAUUCAUCGGUGUCGAUCAGCACCGUGAUGUCCUCCUCGGCGAAGCCGUAGCGUUCGACGAGACAUUUGUACAUCCGACGAACAUCGUUGACGCAACCACGCAAUUCCGCCUUGGUUCCUGGGUAAUUGAUCCCAAUAAGCACCGCCUUUUUCGCCAUCGACGAAGAUCUGAUGGAUAAACUCUGAAUCUGAUCGGUAAUCUGUCUUCUCCUUGCCGGCGAUCGAAGAGCUUAAUCUAUUGGGGAGAGACUGAGUCCGACAAAACGUUAUUUUAUAUACAAAUUAUUUAAUUACUUAUUUCUUUAUUCGUUGAUUGAUUGAUAUGUAUGCGCGUUUCCACGAAUUGGAAUGUACGAUCUGACGUGGC